AUGGGAGGAGUGGACACGCCACUAGACCUCACUGUUAAGGGGCACGGUCUCCACCUCCUCCUCGGUGGUUUUGUGCGGUUCCGUACGAAACCUAGGGGUAGUAGUGUCGUUGCCGGAGGGGAAGCAGCCGAUUUGGAAGCUGCUUUCUCCCUCUUUGAUGACGGCUUCUUAACCAAACUUCGCUCGCCUCCCCCUUCUCUCGAUCCUCUCCACAUCUACGAUCGUCACGACGACAAAAAUCACCACCGUUACCUCGUAAGCGAGUGA